AACGUUAUUUGCCAACUGCCAAAAAAAUAACACAGAAGAAGAAGAAGAAGAAGAACGCGGUAGCAAACGCGCCAUUGUUGUAGACUCGCAACGUGAGGGGAACGUUAAGGAGCAGUAAAGUAACAAAGUGCUAGUUUCAUCGCUUUUCUCUCGUCGGUGUGUUGUUGGAGAAAUGGCGUACAGAGGACAAGGACAGAAGGUCCAGAAGGUUAUGGUGCAACCCAUUAACCUCAUUUUCAGAUACCUUCAGAAUCGCUCCAGAAUCCAGGUGUGGCUGUAUGAGCAGGUCAACAUGCGGAUAGAGGGCUGCAUUAUUGGCUUUGAUGAGUACAUGAACCUGGUUCUAGAUGAUGCUGAGGAAGUCCACAUGAAGACCAAGAACAGGAAGCCGCUGGGGAGGAUCAUGUUGAAAGGAGACAACAUUACGCUGCUGCAGAGUGUGUCCAACUAGAGAUGGACGAGAUGCCUACAAUUCUGGACUUUCCUAGAAAUGUUUUUUUUCUUGUUUUAUGGUCUAUGUUUUGUUUAUAUGGCAUGACUUGUAAUUGUUUAUCUCUACCACAUGGUUCCAUUUUGAAAAUAAAGUUUUGUUUUUCCUAA